AUGGCAACCAUCAAGGCCAUCGAGGCCCGUUCGGUUCACCAAAUCCAAUCCGGUCAGGUUAUAGUUGACCUCGCUCGGUUGCGAAGGAGCUGGUCGAAAAUAGCAUCGACGCAGGAGCUACAGGUCCGAUUUAAAAACAAUGGGCUAGACCUGAUCGAGGUGCAAGAUAACGGCAGUGGAAUCUCGCCUGAGAAUUACGAGAACUUGGCGCUUAAACACUACACCUCCAAACUGUCCUCGUACGAUGAUCUCUCGCGUCUACAAACCUUUGGCUUCCGCGGCGAAGCAUUAUCUUCCCUAUGUGCCCUGUCCGAUUUCCAUAUCGUCACGGCCCAGGCCAAUCAGGCCCCCAAGGCGAGCCGCCUUGAUUUCGAAUCGUCUGGCAAGUUGAAGAAGUCACAGGUCGUCGCAGGCCAGCGGGGCACCACUGCUUCGGUGGAAGGCUUGUUCAAGAGGCUGCCCGUUCGACGUCGCGAGUUGGAAAAGAAUAUCAAGCGUGAAUAUACGAAGGUCUUAAACCUUCUACAUGCUUAUGCGUGCAUCAGUACGGGUGUCCGAUUCAGUGUCAGGAGUACAAUGGGAAAGACACGAAAUGUGGUUGCCUUCUCCACAAACGGCAACAAAACUACAAAAGAAAAUAUUGCUAACAUCUAUGGCGCGAAGACGCUUCUGGCCCUGAUUCCACUUGAUUUGGAGCUGGAGUUCGAACCAUCGGCAGCCGCUAGGCGAGCUGCAGAUGGAAAUGGGAAACAGUUAAAUAAGAUCUUCGUUCGGGGACAUGUCUCUAGACCGGUAUUCGGGGAAGGAAGACAAACACCCGAUCGUCAGAUGUUCUUUGUGAAUUCUCGCCCUUGUGGGCUACCGCAAAUUGCAAAAGCAUUUAACGAAGUCUACAAGUCGUUCAAUAUUUCCCAGUCACCGUUUGUUUUCGCAGAUUUUCAUAUGGACACUGAUGCCUAUGAUGUCAAUGUGUCUCCUGACAAGCGAACAGUUCUACUUCAUGAUGCGGGGGCGCUGAUUGAUUCUCUAAAAGUCGCACUAACACAAUUGUUCGAAUCUUCCGAUCAGACUGUCCCUCAGUCCCAGGUUCUUGGAUCCAGACAGCCCGAUUCCAAGCAGAGUAAAAAAGGCCUACAUGAUAUCAUCUCCCGAAGGCAUACAGCCAACGAGGAACUUGAUGAUGCGGAGAAUGAUGAGCAAGAUAUUGAAGACGAUGAAGUGGAGCAAAGUCAAACUAGCUUGCAAAGUAGAAUGAAGGACUUUCUCAGUGGCCACAGCUCUCGUCAAGAACAAACAAUUAUGUCAUCCUCCCCCGCAAGAUUGAAUAUCUCGAGAUUACAAGAUAUACCAUCUUUGCCGACGACUCCUCGGACUACGCAUGAACAACCCAGCCAGGACAGUGAGCCACGACCCAGAAAGAGCGAUGGUCCAGCCGAUAAAGUCUCAUUGGGCUUAAGUGAAAACGUCACACCUCAGGGUUCUGCUGGACUGGACACGGAGGUCGAUGAAGUUGAAGACCGCACCUGUCAGAGCAAUGUCUCAGAUGAAAACACAGCUCCUGCGCAGGAGGUAGACACUCUGGAGACGCCAAAUACAAUCCAGAAUGCAUUUGAUAGAAUGCGGCCAAGAAGAAUGCCCCCCGAGGUUGCCACUAUUACUAUUGGCAACAGAACCGUUACCUCUAUGGUGGGGAGUGGUGUCCCCAAAAAGAGGGACGGGGAUUUUAUCAGUGGUGACUAUCCUUCAGCUCGGAAAAGACGGAUUCACACCCCAUCUCGCGCUGGUAUAUUUGGUAAGCAAAUGAGAAAUUUUGCUGCCCCGGGGUCCCAGUUAGAGCACGCGACGAACGGUGAUGCCGAGGACGUUAUGGAGGAAGAUGAGGAAGAGGAGAUCGAAGAUGAUGAAGAAGUUGAGCAAUUCGAGGAUGUAGAGUCUGAGGAUGGAUCUCAACUUUAUUGUCCGUCAGAUCAGGGCAGUGAUCAUUCGCACCACGACGCUGCUAGUCAGGGCUCGAUUGAGCAAGAAGUUGGCCAUGAAGAUGAAGCUGCGACAUCAGAGUCGCCUGCAACACCUGUUGCAAGACAUAUGGAUGAUGAUGAAAAAAGGAAGCAUGAAGAGGGAGAGGUUCAACGACUCAUUCAAGAGGCAGAGGAGAAGGCCGUCUUGUCACAAGAAAGCAAUGUCCACCGCGCGAAUAAACUAAAUAAGGGAGCUGCCCAUCGCGACUCUACGGUCCAAUUGGUGAGCACCAUCAAUGGGUCACUUUCCAGAAUCCAAUCCCAGGCGGAAACAAUUCAAGAGAGUCUCCGGUUAUAUGUUACCGGUUCCGGCGAUCUUCAAGACGCAAUGGAGACAUCGCUGUCGCAAGAGACAGCCGAGGAACAGUUAUCUCUCACUGUGGCCAAGGAUGAUUUUGCCAAUAUGCGCAUCAUCGGGCAGUUCAACCUAGGGUUUAUUUUGGCUACGCGGUCAUCGACAGUUAAACCGGGUUCAGGAUCGUCCAACGGCAAGGACGAACUGUUCAUCAUCGACCAACAUGCCUCGGAUGAGAAAAUCAACUUUGAACGGCUCCAAGCAGAAACCGUAGUGCAGAAUCAGCGAUUGGUCCAGCCAAAACGAUUGGACCUCACGGCGGUCGAGGAGGAAAUCGUCAUCGAGAACCAGCCCGCGUUGGAGAAAAACGGCUUUAUUGUGGAAGUCGACAACAGUGGGGACGAACCCAUCGGCCGCCGGUGCAAGCUGGUUUCACUGCCUCUAAGCAAAGAGGUAGUCUUUGGCGUGCGAGACCUGGAGGAACUGAUUGUGUUGCUGUCUGAGAUGCCGACCGCCAGCGCGACGGGCUCCGCGUCGCAUAUGUAUAUACCACGCCCUGGCAAAGUGCGGAAGAUGUUCGCCAUGAGAGCAUGUCGGUCUAGCAUCAUGAUCGGCAAAAACUUGACUCAGAGACAGAUGGAGAAGGUAGUGAGGAACAUGGGGACUAUCGACAAACCAUGGAAUUGCCCUCAUGGCCGACCGACCAUGAGGCAUUUGAUGAGUCUACGACAGUGGAAUGAGUGGGAUGAAUUCGGGGAGGAAGGGCUGGAAACCGAGGACCAUCAAUCGAGGGCAGACUCAUUGAACAUAUGGAAAGGCUAUUUCAGGUGUAUGGCAGAGUCUGGUGAUGAAGAGGAGGAGGAUGAAGAGGAGGAGGAUGAAGAGGAGGAGGAUGAAGAGGAGGAGGAUGAAGACGAAGUUGACGAGAGAUGCACAAUCCUGGACUCAGAUAUCAGUUCGGCUCCUGCUCCGAUAGUUGCUGUUGAGCCUCUACACAAUGCCUAA